UCAACGUCACGUGGCCUCUUCCCCGCUUCGAUUGUUCGUUCCCCCUCCUUGCAUACAAAGUGAGAGCCAAGAGAAAGGCGAGCGAGCGAGUGACUUCUAGUGUCUGUGUGUGCUGGUGUUGGAGAGAGGAGAGAGAGAGACAAAGGCGGACGUGCGAGCAUGGAAACACUCUGCUUUGCGCAGCGUGUGAUGAUAGCCGUCCAGCUGCUGCUCCUCCUGUCCGCAACUCUGGGUGCCCAGAGUGUUACAUCGAAGAUCGACCACGACAGUGAAGCGUCCGGUGGGAGCGGAGGAGACGCGAAGCUGCGCUGCGUCUACAAGGGAAGCAAGACCGCCAGACAGAUAAUAUGGGAAAAGGAAACAAAUCAAGAGCGUGUGUACAUAGCAAGUCGCCAUGAUGAUAAAAGUCACGUGUCUGAUGUUACGUUACAAGAGCGCCUGACUUUCCUUGGCCAAGGAAACAACGAUGCCACCAUCUUAAUCCGCGCGCUGCGUGUCUCGGACAGCGGAACCUACAUCUGCAAAUUCAUGACAAUGACAGGGCUUUUGGAGGCGAAGAUCAACCUCAUCGUGGUCGUGACGCCAGAGGUGACGUUGGCGUUGGGCCCGGCUCCCUUGGUGUCCGGUGGCGGCGCGUCUCAGCUGGCGGCGACCUGCGUAGCGGCCAACGGGAACCCCGCGGCGAGUGUAGCCUGGACCCUGAAGAACGUCUCGGGGAGCCACUUUCACUUUGACGCCAUGAAGGUUGACGCGGGCACCAUCAUCGAUCACAAAAAUGGCACCAUCAGCGUGACGCGGGAGCUGCGGUUGGAGCCGACGAAGGAGAUGCACAAAGCGUCGCUCGCGUGCGUCGUGACGCAGCCUGGGAACAGAAAUCCCAUAGAGAAGAUCGUCGCUCUCGACGUGCACUACAAGCCGGAGGUGACGGUCAGUGGAGUCACUGGCCCCAUGCAAGAGGGAAGCACCAAGGUCACUCUCAGCUGUCGUGCCGACGCCAAUCCCAGCGCCAAGUACUCGUGGAUGAGGAAUGGUACGCAUAUGAAUGGCUCUGACCACAGCACGCUGACUCUAGAUCGUGCUGUGAGUAACUCCGGGAUGUACCGGUGCAUUGCUGUGAACUACAUGGGCUCGGACGCUGGCGAGAUCGAAGUCAACAUCACCUAUGCGCCCGCUCAGCCCACCACCGUGCCAACCACCACGCCACUAUCAGGCACAGGUCUGAGAGUAAGCGAUGGACCAGGAUCUCUCGUUUGGAUAGGGGCCGGACUUGGACUGCUGAUCAUCGUCAUGGGCAUCGCCGUCGGGGUCUGUGUCAUCAUGAAGAAGAGGAUGAAGAAGAGCGCGAAUGGGCUGGGCGACGUCCACUUAUCGCGAAACACGGAGAACAAGCCGCUGGCAGCGGCAUCGCUUAGCGCUCACUGUUAUGACGUCGUGACGCCCGCGGCCUCUUGCUCCAAGAAGCUGAUCGUGGAGACGGAAAUCACUUACGCAGAGUUGGACCGUGCAGCACUGCAUCGCGGUCAGAGAUCGGCCCAGCAUCAGCCUCAAGUCCAGCAGGACAGCACCAUCUAUGCUCAUAUCGUGCACGGACGCUGAGCAAGCGCGCGUGCGCGCGCGUGUGUGCGCGCGUGUGUGCGUGCUCUCACGGGACAGCACUUGUCUCAGUCGCCCGCGUAGGCUGCAUGGGGGAGAUGUGUCUGUGUAUGUGAGUGUGUUUGUGUGCAGGAUGGAAACACUUGUCCCAACAUCUCGUGUAGGCUAGAAUUGGGGGGAGGGUCUUUGUAUGUACAGUAGACUCUCGAUUAUCCGCGCUAAUGACGGGGGAGGAUGGCCACGGGAAUUCCAAAUCGCGGAUAAUCCAAAAAUAUAACCAUUUUUCGCGGAUCUCAAUGCCAAAAACCACUAAUAUAGGGAUAUAAAUUAUGUUUAAGCUAAUAAAAUGCCUUCUUUGGUUCUUUCGGUAAAGUCACGUAGAAUGAGAAUAAAAUAAUACAUUGAUAAAAUAAAAUAACGCAAUAAAAUUCUCACGAAAGCUUUAAAUCGAAAUCUAAUCAAAUGUAUUUUUUUUUAAUGAACAAAACAAAAAUUUGUAGUAAAGAAUCGACCGAUCGAUGCACGUGCUCAAGUGAAAACACUUUCCUGCUCCCGCAAAGCAGAAGACUCGGCCCACUGAGUGGACAGCAGAGCCACAGCCAAUCAACAUCAAUCAAACCCUGCCCGCUGUUGUAGACAUAUGCAACUACUGUACUGUAGAGGCGAUCGCGUGGAUUUCGGGUUAACCGGCGCGCCUACAGGUGACCCCCGACUUACGACGGCUCGACUUACGACCCCGCCCCCCACCCAGCCUUUCUUAUAGUCAGUAAGACCCCCACAGUAACGAACAAAACUCGUAUCUACGCCCGCCUAACGACUGCGAUGACGCCGAGUCGAUUGGCAAGGAGUCUGUGCAUGUUAUGCAUGUUAGGCGUGGACUCCUAGUGUAGUGUAUAGUAGUGUAUAGCGCACAUGUCAUGCGCAGACUCGUCGCCUGAUGGUGCUGCUUUGCUCUUCCGCCGUAUGUGUAUGCAUUGUAUAGCCCGUCAGUAUGCAGCUGCCCCUAGAGCAGGGGUGGGGAAGCUUUUUUCUGCCAAGGGCCAUUUGGAUAUUUAUAACAUCAAUCGCAGGCAACACAAAAUUAUCAACUUCAAAAUUAUCCAGUUAUAUUUGGUCAAACCUUUAA